AUGCCCGUGCGAUUCGACGGCCAAGUGGCAAUCGUCACUGGGGCGGGCGGAGGCUUGGGGCGCUCGUACGCUCUCCUGCUAGCGGCUCGUGGAGCAAAAGUUCUUGUCAACGACGUCGGUGCUGCCCUGUCUGGCGGCGCUAGCGAUGCUUCCAAGGCCAAGCCGCCGGCAGACCAAGUAGUCGCUGAGAUUCGCGCGCGUGGCGGUGAAGCGGCGGCGGACUACAACUCUGUGCUUGACGGCCAGAAGAUCAUCGACCAUGCCCUGUCGCUCUUUGGCCGGGUGGAUAUACUCAUCAAUAACGCAGGUGUUCUGCGCGAUACAUCCUUCAUGAAAAUGACCGAACAAGACUGGAAUCUCGUCCUCGACGUCCAUGUCAAAGGAGCGUAUGCUUGCACCAAGGCCGCAUGGCCUGUCAUGCAAAAACAGAAUUACGGGCGAAUCAUUAUGACGGCCAGUGCCGCAGGCCUCUACGGAAACUUCGGACAAGCUAACUACUCGGCAGCGAAGUCUGCCCUCGUGGGAUUCACAAAAACUCUCGCCUUCGAAGGCGCGAAGAAAAACAUCCUCGUCAACUGUAUCGCCCCCCUUGCAGGCACUCGAAUGACGGCGACGGUCUUGCCUCCUGAUCUCGUGGAAGCCAUGAAGCCGGACUAUGUCGCUCCCCUAGUGGCGUUUCUAUGCAGCAAAGAGUGUCGAGACUCUGGGCAGGUUCUCGAAGUCGGAGCCGGGUGGGUAGCGAGCGUGCGUUGGCAACGGAACAUCGGGCACUCGUUCGCCCCGCCCCUCAGCCCAGACGACAUUGCUCGAGAAUGGAAACAAAUCCGCGACUUCUCAGGGGACGUGGCUUACCCAGCGUCCCUCCAGGACUCGAUGUUAAUGGUUAUGCAGCGUUUGCAACAGGAACCGAAGCAAGCAAAGAUAACCGGCGUGGAGCAGCGCGACGCACUGAACGGGAAGGCAGAGAAGCAGGCCGGGGCAGCUGCUGUAGGAGGCUCCACACCGAUUGGAAAAGCGGGGCUCAUAUUUAAACUGAUGGCUGCUUACAUCAGAAACGCACCUGACGCGCGACAGAAACUCCAGGACAAAGUCGACAGCGUUUUCGGGUUCAACGUGACAGACGGGAAAACGACAAGGUCGUGGUCCAUCAACCUCAAAAAGGGCAACGCAGGGGGAGGCGUCGAGGAGGGCCUGCAUAGCGCGCCCGACGUAGUCUUUACGAUGGCAGGAGAGCACUUUGUCUCUGUGUGUCUCGGCAAGUUAAAUCCUCAAAUGGCCUUCGUUCAAGGGAAGAUGAAAAUCAAGGGAAGCAUGCAGAAGGCGACGAAAUUUACUCCGAGUUUAUUUCCCCCCAUUCCCAAGGAACUCGUGGACAUGGACGACGCCGGAAAGGCGGUCGAAGCGUACAUGAAAGCAAGCAACGUUCCUCUCUCACAGCCUCCCCGCGGUUCCGACGGUGAACCGCCGGCUCAGGCAAAACAGCAAGCCGGCGAACCCGCGAACAGCAAAGCUGCAACGGGGCGAGGGGGAGCGCCGGAGGCUCCGUCGCCUCGCGCGAAACAACUCAAGAGCAUGACUCUCUACGAAGUCAUGAAGAGGCACCUGGCAACAGCUGAAGGAGAACAACUCGUGAAAAAGAUCAAAAGUGUCUACCGGCUGAAUAUUCUCCCGAAAAAGGGCGCGGCCCCAGUGAAAGUCAUUUUGGAUUUGAAGAAUAUGCCCCCAACGAUACGCGAAGAAGACGACCGGGAGCACGCAGCCUGUGACUGUACAAUCACUCUUUUGGACGAGGAUUUCGUGAAGCUCGCACUGGGGAAAAUGAAUCCCCAGCUUGCCUUCAUCCAGGGAAAGAUCAAACUGAAGGGAUCAAUGCAGGCGGCACUCAAGUUCACUCCUGACAUCUUCCCAAAGACCAGCCGACUCUAG